UCGAGGCGCGGCGAAGCUUCGCAUCUAGCGUUACGAAUUCACGCCGAAGACGUGAGUUGUUAUCUCGGUCUCUGUGUGACUUGAUUUUCGCAAUAAAACCUAAUAUACUAAAUUAUAAGAAAAAUAACUAAGGCUGAAAGAGAGUAAUCGAUAUCUUAGGGACCAAAUAUUACCGCCAAGUUUUUUACGAUUUUUUUUGCUAUUACUGUACUACGAUUUUAGAGUAUUUUUAAUUUUUUUUAAGAAAUAGUAGCUUAGUUGUGCGUAGUUAGAUGUCAACGAGAUAAUAUACAAAGAAGAAUCGUAAAGGAGAAUGAAAGGAGUCCUUAAGAAGGAUAUCACAGCGGACCAACACACAGGGUAUUUAGGAACCUCCAGAGUGGUGCUAAAUCAUUUCGAUGUAUCAACACAGGCCGACAUCCAGCAUCAGGCGCUCAAUUACGGGUCGGAGGACGAGAUAAUGGGGCGGCUGUACGGGCAGGGGCGGCGCAGGGAGAGCGGCCCCGCGGGCGGCAGCACGCUGUACAGCAAACAGGACAUCAGGGAACAAUACUGCAUCUCGGAGAGGGGCUUGGGCGCCUUGGAGAACAGCAAGCAGAGUAUUUUCGGUUGUAUAUCGUCGCAUCACAGUUCACCCUGUUCAACAAGAAGUGCUUCCUCGUUACUCACCGCCUGCGUCAAGCAAAAAGUCUCUUCGGAUGAAAACUUGUACGAACUGUACAAGCGACAUCCUUCAGAAUAUGCACCGUUUCCCAAGCGCCAAAGGUAUCCAUGGAUGCCGCUCACUCCAGAAAUCUACCGACAUGACAUCGACUUGAAGAGUUCUUCGUAUUUUCGUCGGAAGCCCCAAAUUGAUCCGAGCCGAUACACCUGGAUGCCUUCGGAUGACGAGUCGAUCAGAAUGGAGAAACCAAAAUCAAUACUGGACAGUAGAAACCAGAUGCCAUCCAUGCAACCGAAUCAAGCAGGAAAGAAGCAUGUUAGUUUUGCCCGGUCCCAUACCCUCACGUCAUUUGAUGACGCAAUGUCAUCAUUAACGUCAUCAUCGAGUCAUCUGAAUCGAAUCACAAGAAGUCAGGAAAGGUUGCUGGAAGUGAAGAUAGCGGAAGACGCUAUAACCAAACAACCAGAGUUGUCAGAAAACGUAGUUAUUUUAGAUAAAAUCAAGAGGGCUCCCAUGAAAACCCAGGCAACGCAGACAGACGUAGGGCUAGGCAGGAAACCAAUUACCCCCGGGAACCUUCAUCUAAGUCCUAGAACUAUCCAGAAAGUAAAAAUGGUAUCUCAAGCGGCCCAAACGAAUGGAUAUAACGGCAGAAAACUCGCUAAAUCCUUAUCAGAAGCUGGAAACAAGUUGGCCAUGUCGCCUAAAAAUGAAUUCAGUUUUUUCGAUCCUGCAUCAGAGCAUGAGCCCCUUCAAAGGACACAGUCUGACGAACCUCCAAGAUCACCCUUCUUCCCCAUCACCCCACCCCAAGCCUACCUCCCUCCCGAAAACCCUCCCCAAAGCGAAUCUUCCUCCCUCUCCAAGUCCGAAGAGCACGAAUCCGAGGACUCUGUUGAAUCCAAGCAGGAAAUCUUUAUCGACUUCAAGCCCCAGGUGCCUGCCGGUCGCGACAAAAUGGUCAAAAGGCCUCUGGUGAAGACCGCCUCGGACGGGGUGAUUCUGGUGGAGAAGAGGAAGAACCACAAGGACGAGGAUAGCGUGGUGCCGAAUUUGAAGAAGUACAACUCGAUUAGUCACGAAAAUAUACAAGUGGUGGAAGAGAGAAGACCUUUUACUCCGUAUUUUCAGAAAGCACCUAUAAGAAACGAGGGUAUUUGCAAGCCAUUGGAAGAAAACAUAUAUUCAUCUACAGAUGGUUGCUUGUUUACACAAGACUCGAUAGACGAAGAGUUUCAUGAAAACUUCAUAUUUAACAAAAAUUAUAUAAACAGGCAGGACUCGCAGAACAGCAGCAACGUGGAAAUUGGGAAAUGCGUUGUUUUCCAGAACGACGAGAGCGUCGUGCCGUCGAUAUCACUCCGGCCCGAUAUGAAAUUGUCGCCGUUCACUUCAAACGACGACAUAAGGGAUCAAUCUGAUGGAAACUGGAAUGAGUCCCAAGUGACAGUACUUCAGGUGGAUUCUGGAACUGACAACGGUACUCCAUUUAGCAGUUCAGAAGUUGUGUCUCUUAGUUCUCCCGUUGCUAUAAAUCUACUAACGCCGUCGUCAAGAAGAAAAGAACUUCUUAUUCUACAACAUCAACAGAGAUCUUCGAUGGACAUUGAAACGUUAGACGAAGAGUUAGGAGAUCAACCAACUCAGCCCCAGAUAGUUGUUGACAAGUUGUCUACUAAACUGGAAGUUCCAACACCACUAAGUCCAAACCCAAAACAUUCGCCAACGCUACUGAAAGUAGGACACCAUAGAAGUGGUGCACUAAUCAGCAGGCAGAAAAGGACAGAAUCUCCUCCAGUAGUACUUGAAUCUCCCCUACCGGCCGUUGUUCCUGAUCUACUAUUAGCCAGGACAGAUUCCUGUAAAACCAACACGGACGUAUCUGAAAGUACGACAACUGAUGAUUACAUCACCGCAAAUUCGGGUACUGACAGUUCAAAGAAGAGUGGUUCUUUGAAGGAACUCGAAAAGCAGGUGGUCCAACAACAACAACAGGCCUUUCAAAAGGCCAUCGUUAAGGCCGGCGUGCCCGACACGGCAGAGUCUAGUUUCGAUAGCGCCAAAGGGUCCAUGGACACCUUUAUGGCCGAGGACAUGGUGGUGCCAUCAGUGUCACCAUCUUACUCACCGAAGCCUCCAUCCGAAUCAUCAUCAAUUUCUCGUAAGAAUUCAUCAACACCUCUUCCUCAAAUCAUCAGUGGUAGAUCCACGCCAUCCGAUGACAGUAGUUCCUGUGGUAGUUAUAGUGUGGGUGCUUCCAUUCCAGAUUUAUUAGACAGCAGAUAUUCUAUACCUUCGGGAAGUCCUAAUAAGACCUGGCAGGGUUCAGAAGAUGAAGAGAGAAGCGUCCAUUACUCAUCAUCAGGGUAUUAUGAAUCACCAAUAGAAGAUGACUUCACAUUAAAAUCUUCCAGACAUGAGGACUACACCAGAAGCAAAAAAAGAAGAGACUUUCAUCUAGAACUGACUCACACCUCUAAACCACAACCGAGCAGUAAGAAUAAGCAAAAAUACGGUGAAGCCAAAAAUACGCCAGAAAAAGAAAACCACACUAAGUUGUUAGGAGAAAAAUUAAAGAGAACGAAGUCUAGAACACGUAGCCCCAUGCAGGGACAAAAAAAGAAUAUACAAGGUCGGAGAUCGCCAUAUAAAGAAAAAAACGCUGCAUACGAAGAAAAGAAUUACAAGGCUACAUCUGAUGAGUCAAGUACUGGAAGAGAAUACGCUGCAGGUCAGAAUUCGCCAAGAAAGAGCAAAAAAAGCAAAGACAACAACAGGAGAAGAUCUCUUCCUCGGUCACCGAUAAGACUUAAGACCGAUAAACGCAGCAGUGCAGAAUACCAACCAUCCAGUUUACCAGGAAGUCUUUGCAGGAGAAAAUCUUUUAAGCAGUCGAAAAGUUUGCAGUCGAUACACUUAGAUGGUAAAAAAACUGGUUCCAAAAGCCCUAUUUCACAGAAGAACGUCCAGAAUUCCUCCAAAGAAACGGCCACACUGAAAGCCUUAAGCGCAGAAUCACUGCGAUCGGUCAGUCCAGGUAGCGAUAGUGUUUUCUAUAGUGAUCCUAGUAGUCAUACAACCGAUCACCAAAUUCACUGUCUACAUUGCGGUAAAGAAGUAGAUGUAAUAACUGAUGAAGCAGAGAAAAGCUUGAGCAGUAGCGAGCCUCAACCGGACAUCGUUCAGCCUCCAGCAGGAUUCGCGGAUUCGCCUAAACUGAAACCAGGGAGGUUGUUUAAAAAGGUGGACAAGAGAAUAAGGUCAGAAGAGAGGAGCCAGGCGGAAGGGAAAAGAAACAAAUACAAACCUGACGCCAGAGCAAAGUCAGAAGAACGCGGCGGUCCACCAACACCAGGACAACACCCUCCUCCACCCUCAUCUCCAUCGCCCAACCGCCCAGCCCUCGCCGCAGGCCGCAGCGGCAGCACCGGCGGCCUCAAGUUGCGCUCCCGCUCCCCACACCACCACCACCACCAUCACCACGGCAGCAGCAGCGGCGGCGUCGGGGGGGAGCAGCUCAAGACGGCCAACAGCAGCCCCAGCAUCCUGCCGGGCGCCCCCGAGGAGGAGGACGACGACCAGGGAGUCUACGGCGCGAGCUACGGCCCGGGCAGGUGGCUCUACGUCGACGAGAGGGACGAGCUGCAGGGGGGCGGCUCCUCGGCAACCUCCCUCUCACCCACAGACCAGGAACAAAUCCGUCGGACCUCUGUAUCCAGUACCGAGUCGGAACAGGACUUUCGCAAACGGUACCAAGCCAUCACACAUCGAAUGGUCCAUCGAAAAUCUUGUUUAGAAAUGUACAAAAAACAAACCAACAAAUCUUUUGAAUGUGACAAAACCGUCGUCGUACGGAGGCAAUCCGGCGAGUUCGGAUUCCGUAUCCACGGAUCCAAACCAGUGGUGGUGUCGGCCAUAGAACAAGGUACUCCAGCCGAAUCCAGCGGCUUGGAAGUGGGAGACAUAGUACUCUCAGUUAACGGAGUCAGCGUUCUGGACAAAAGCCAUUCCGAAGUAGUCAAAAUUGCGCAUGCUGGCAGCGAUACAUUAACUUUAGAGGUAGCUAGAACGUGCUAUGCGCUGAACGCGUCCACCGAAGAACAAGCCGACACCAACGCCAGUUACAGCGGAUACUUGUGGAAGCUGAGCGGCUACGCCAGCGGUACCAUGACGAACAAAUGGAUACGACGAUGGUUUUGUCUCAAACAAAAUAAUUGCCUUUAUUAUUAUAAGACUGAUAGUGAAAAACAGCCAGUAGGUGUAGUGAUGUUAUUCGAACAUGAAGUAGUUACGUUAAGUGAUGACGACAGUGGACUUUCGAAGCCCCACAGAUUCGUUAUUCAACGAGACGAUUCCGUUCCCUUGCAUUUAGCGGCAGAUACAGAUACAGCCAGAAAUAGAUGGGUAGACGUAAUAGGAAAGGCGAUCCAAGACAGUCGCGUCGUGGACGAAUUCCUGGACCAAUCCAAACGGAACCUGAACCUCCAACCGGACGCCAUCGUCGAUCCCGACUGUUUCGGCCAUUUAAUUAAGUUAGGUACCCAGUGGAAGUCGUGGAGCCGACGCUACUGCGUCCUCAAGGACGCCUGCCUCUACUUCUACCACGACGCCAAUGCUUCCAAUGCCUUCGGUGUUGCUUACCUCCAUGGAUAUAGAGUCCAACAAUCCUCAUCCGGCAGUAAAAAACACGCAUUCGAAAUUGUACCUCCCGAAACCGGACAGAAAAGUUACUAUUUUCACGCAGAAUCCGAAACUGAUAAGAAAAGAUGGAUCACCGCUCUAGAAUAUUCGAUAGAUAAAUGGUUAAAAGUUAAAUAAACCCUUUUUUAGUUAAUUUUUAAAUGAAAAGAAACAAACUAGGAUACAUUUAAGUGCAAUUUUAUAUAAAUAGCGAAUUAGCUUUUUAAAUACCUAUGGAGAGAAAGAGAUAUAUACAUAUAUAUGUAAGUUUAUAUAUAAUAUUAUGUUGAGGUUAGGAGAGGAUGACUUAUUGCUCAAGAAUGACUUAUUUAAUUUUAUAUUAUUUAUUUAUGGAUUUAUAUUUACAUGUUCGUAUAAAAAAAUACAGAAAAUGUGUGCACUGCCAUAACUGUAAAUAAGAAGAAAAUAAAGAUGAUUUAAACGUUGUGUA